AUGCCAGGGUUGAACACUAAUAACAUUGCCGAAGGUAGCGAUAAGGCACUUUAUGGGCUGGACCCCUCUUUCCUGAAAGAAAACCCUCAACUGGUUAAUUCUUACGAGAAUAUACAUUGGGACAGUAUCAAUUCACUUAACGCUCUAGUGGGAGCAAUUGAGCAGGUGGUUAUAAAGUACAAGAAUCCAAAUGACCGUAUUAAGCUUGCGAUUGAAAAGAUGUACCGCGAACUGUUACAAAAAUACCCACUUUUUUUUGGUUAUUGGAAAAGAUUCACGGCAGUUGAAUACCAAUUAUUCGGACUACAAAAAUCUAUAGAUACUUUAAAAAAGUCUGUGGAAGCAUUUCCAUCAUCAUUAGAACUGUGGUGCGAUUACUUAAAUGUUCUUUGUACAAAUAAUGCAGUCGAAACUACACUGAUCAGGGGAAAUUUUCAGGUAGCAAAAGAAUUGAUUGGGUAUCAGUUCUUGUCUCACCCAUUUUGGGACAAGUACAUUGAGUUUGAAACCAAGAAUGAGCAAUCGUCCAAUUUAAAGUCGAUUUACGAGGAAUUGGUAAGGAUACCUCUGCACCAAUAUGCGAAAUAUGGCGUUGCAUACAGAGAAUUCUUACGUGGAAUAGCCUCCCAAAGUGAGAUUCUCGAUCUGGAUGCCACAAUAAGAAGCACUCAAAAGGCAGUCACUGCAAUCUGGCCUUAUGAGUCAAAAAUAAAGCAAAAUUUUUUUACACUGUCCCCCGUAUCGAAUGGAGAACUCACAAAUUGGGACAGCUACCUCGAAUUUAUACAGUUAAAUCGUCAACAGUACAACUUUUCCGGGGAAAUGAUAAGGGCUGUUUUCGAAAGGUGCCUUGUACCCUGUUUGUACUACGAAGCUUUUUGGAUUAGAUUUGUAAAAUGGUUUCAAAGGGAAGAUUCCUCAGUGAUCCAACAUGUCAUUGAAAUCUUUCAAAAAGGCAUUUCGGUAUUACCCAUCACAUCAAGAACCUUUCGUCUUCAAUUUUUACAGUAUCUGAAGAAAAAUCUCAGAAAUGAUAAGAGCUAUAUGUUCAGCAUAUAUUCACAGACUAUUGCGUCUUACAUGAAAAUCUGGCCUGACCAAAGUUCUUUGAUGGCUGAAUAUUUGUCUUUAAUGAAAAGAACCGAAUUCGGCUCAACCAUAGAACAGCAAGAUAAGGAAGUUUUGAGUAAGCAAACCGCAUAUUCUAACUUUUUGGAACUCGCUGUCAGAAAUUACUUGCAGAGACGUGUUGACAGAAGCAUUCCACUGCAAGAUGUGAUCAAUGAUAGCAAUAUAGCAGUUGUCAUUGUAGAACUAAUAAAGUCAGCAUGGCUUGUCCUUAAAAAUAUCAUGCAAACUAGAAAAUACUUUAAUUUUUAUGGUAAAAGUCCGUUACUAAGAACUUCGGUUUCAUUUUGGCUGACUUAUUAUAAAUUUGAAAAAUCUCAGCAGAACUUCACGAAGCUGAACAAGUUUAUAAAUGAUCUCGGCACAAAUAUAUUUCUGCCGACAACUAUCGUGAACGAUAUAUUAAUUGAUUACCAAUCUUUUUAUCUGGCCAACUCCAACAUUGCGGACUAUCAAGAACAUUUUGCAAUAGUGGAGAACUCUCAAGAGAUUCAGAUUGCAGAUCCUAUCCUAUUUUCCCAGUUCAAAAUCAACGAUCCCGCAUGGGUACCGAACCUUUAUAAGAACUCUCUAGACUGGUACAAAUCGAGAGAGUUCAAAGAAAAUGGGCAUCCCGGUAUAAUUGAUGAGAAACCCCUAAUAACAAAUGCUAUUUUAGAAGAGAGCUCAAAAUCUUUCGAUAAUGUCUUGCCACCAUUGCCUACUUUCAGAAACCUCGAAAAAAUUAACCAGGCAGUGAAAUAUGACGACAAAUUCGAGAAGGAACAUAUCGGAUCAAAUACUUGA